GCCUGGCGAGGCGGGUCCCCGCAGGGGCUCUGCGGCCGCAGUUGCGCUCGGGCGGCGGCGGGUGAUGGCGGCGGUGAUGGGCUCUGCGAUGUUGCCCCUCUUGGCGCUUCUCGGGCCCGCGGCCGCGCUCGCCGGAUACAUCGAGGCCCUUGCAGCCAAUGCUGGGACGGGGUUUGCAGUGGCAGAACCUCAAAUUGCCAUGUUCUGUGGGAAGCUAAAUAUGCAUGUGAACAUCCAGACUGGGAAAUGGGAACCUGACACUUCUGGGACCAAGAGCUGCUUUGGAAGAAAGGAGGAGAUUCUGCAAUACUGCCAGGAGAUGUACCCAGACCUUCAGAUCACCAACGUGGUAGAAGCCAACCAGCCCGUCAGCAUUGACAGCUGGUGCAAGCGUGGGAAGAAGCAGUGCAAGGACCACACUCACAUCGUUGUGCCCUACAAGUGCCUGGGUGAGUGUGUGCUUGUGGGUGUGCUGUGCCUUCCUGUGGGAGAAGCAAGGGGCUGCCUCCUGGAUUCUUACAGAGAGAGCAGCUCAGUUUGUUAGACUUGUGGAAAUGAC